UGAAGCUUCUGUGUAUUUACAGUACACUUUCCAUUACGUUUUACAAUAGGAAUCAGUUUGAUGGGCCACUUAGUGAGUGGACAACCAUGAAAGGAUUGGUUCAAACAAUGGUGAAUGUUCGGCUACGGGCUUGUGUACACUUAAAAGCACUACCUGUAUAACUAUUUCUGUUCAGGAAGAGAUUUUCACUUUAAAAAAAUCUGUAUUGUAAAAGGCCUGACUCUGGAUGUCGUGACAGUGGUUGAACAGUGACUUCUGUGACUUAUUCUCUUGCCCCUACAAGACUCACUGGACUGCUACAUGCAUUUCCCUGAUUAUUGCUGAGGCCAUGGUCCAUGGGAUUGUAUAACAUUAGCUCUACUACUACAGUGAAAGGAGUACAACUUUCUAGUACUGACAAGCCCAGAGAGUCUGAUCCUGUGCUGUGUUGAACAGCCUCACUGCUCAGAGACUGCCAAACUCAGACAUAAAAGAAACAACAGGCACGAAGCAGGGGGGAGGCUAAAGAUCAGCUCUGUCAUGCUCAGUGACUGGUGCACAUUUUCCGCAUGGAAUUCUCUUUUGUGAACUUGGCUGUAUUGUUUUAUGGCCCGGCUUGUCUGCCCUACUAGAGCAUUCUUCCCCUUCCUCCCCCAGCAUACACACCCUUAAGUUAUCAGCUCAAGAAUGAGGUGUGUCUGCCUACCGUCAGGACAAAUGAAACCUCGUCCACAUUCCAAAGACACAGUGACCCAGCGCUGGGCGGGGGAGGGUCCUGGCAUGAUGCGUCACUUACAAGCACAAAGACUUGGAGCUUGGACUGCACUGAAGUUCCGCUGGUGAAGGAGAGAGCUGGGCAAAGCUCAGUGCCACCGCUCCCAGGCAGCAUCGCACAGAACGCACUGGCCGGGAAAGGGCUCUGCCUGCCGGCUGGGCUCCUCUCCUCCUCCCUCCACGUCCUGCAGCGGAGCUCUGUGAAGUCGCCCCACCCCAUCGCUUGCCUGGCGGCAGCUCCGUCUCAGCUUGGUGGAUCAGGCCUUCCAUGGCGUUUGUUGCUGUGGCAAGACCGGGCCACUGCUGCCCACUCUGGCUCCUGGGGCUCGUGGCGCUGCUGCCACCGAGGGCUUGCGGCCAGUGUGGGGCCCUGCCAAAGUUGAAUCAUGCCAUCCCGUUUAGAACUCAGCCGACAGAGCGCUUCCCAAUCAACACACAAGUGCAGUACAAGUGCGUUGAUAACUACGUUAAAAUCCCAGGAAAGCCGGACUCCACAAUUUGCCUUUCAAACUCUCAAUGGUCCAACUUACAAGAGUUUUGUGGCCGCAGCUGCCUUGUCCCGACGAGGUUCAGGUCUGCAGUGUUAUCUGAUGAGGAUUUGAGGAAGAGUUACUAUCCCGUUGGGACCACUGUGAGAUAUGACUGUCGGCCAGGUUAUCAGAGUACUGACCAGAAUCAUUUCCUUACCUGUCUUGAUGAUUUAACGUGGUCUAAAGCCCCUGAGUUUUGUACAACAAAAUUGUGUGGUGUUCCAAAAAGCCCAGAACAUGGCAGACUUGUUGAGACAACAAAUAACCAAUACGGUGCAAAAGUGAACAUACGUUGUGAUGAUGGACACAAAAUAAGUGGGCGGUCUUUCAUCCAGUGUUUUCUUAGUAGAACUCAAGAUCAAGUUGAGUGGACUAAACUUCCAACUUGUGAAUUGAUUACUUGUUCUACUCCUCCUAAUAUUGCCAAUGGGAUGAGCAAUGGAAGUGGCAUGGGAAGCUUUGGCUAUAACUCUUUGGUAACAUACAGAUGUGACCAUAAUUUCUCACUUACUGGAAAUGCCUCCAUUCACUGUACAACUAAAGAUAAAACCAAUGGAGUCUGGAAUGGGUCUGCCCCUGAAUGCAAAGCCAUAAUUACCCAGAACAAACCCACAAGUAUCCCUCCCGGUGGAACAGGAGUAGGUGAUACUUUCUCAGACUCUUUAGGACUCGGUUUAUUCAUCGACCUAGGUAUCGGUGCCAGUAUUGGAAUUGUAAUUGUUGUGGUUGCUGGGAUAGCACUGACAGUUUGGAAGAAAAAUGGGGUUAAGAUCAAUGCUGGCUAAUGGCUCUGGCUUACAAAUUAACAGUCAUAAUGUUGGAAGAAACGAAUAGAAAAGUUAGGAAAUAAGCUUCAUACAUUUGCACUGAAUUUCCGUGGUGAAAAUAGGCCCUGUACAGGCAACUGAUGUCUUUUGCACUACAGUUUUUCUUCUUUGAAUUGUAAUUGUAGUAGGAAUCUGAAGAAAACAAAGUCAAGGGAACCGGAAAGGGAACUUUUGACUUUAAAAACUGGUUUCUGAACCAAGCAAAGGCAGUUGGAAGCAUCAGAAUGACUGGCUAUUCUGCACACAUAGCUAGCUCUUUAUUCCGCCAGUCCAUAAUGCUAAAUGUUUCACCUUGUUAAAGAACAUCUUAGCUAUCUGAGCAUGGCAUAGUUUGGAUUGUGAGGUUUAGCUGCAGGUGGCAAGACAGCCUGUACAGAUACCUGCUUACUGACUUCCAUAGUGUAUAAGUCAGUAAAUGGGAAUUUGAAGAGGGCAGACCAGUGGUGGCCAGGUUGCAGGUGCAGCCCGUGCACCCCCUCUCUGGCCCCUUCCCCAUGCCUCAUGCUCUAGGGGGCCCACACUUACCUACUUCUCCCCUUCCCUCCCAGCACAAGUCAGCUGAUUCAUGCCUCAUCCUUGCUCCUCCCUCCCAGAGCUUGAACUGAAUUGCAGUGUUUAAACUCUAAGACAGAGGCAGGAGCAGUGACGGGGCACAUACUGGCCAAUUGAAGGUGCUCUGGAAGUGCUGGGAAAGAGGGGAAGGAGCAAGGACAGGAUGUGCUUGGAAGAGGAUAUUGGGCCGGAAUUUGAAAUUGUAAAGUAAAGGUAAAUGUUUGUUUGAGUAUUUGAUGUUGAUGACAGUUCUGUUAAUAUAUGAAUGAUUAAAGUAUUUCUACUAGUUUUGAAAUGUUUGGCAUACCUUUAUUAACAUAUUUAAUCUUAUUCCUGGGGUCACUGGGUAGGUCUAGACUACAUGCCUACAUUUUUACAGAGGCAUGUAAACUAGGCUACCCUACAGUCAAAGAAGCCAGGAUUUAAAUAUCCCCGGCUUCAUUAAAAUAAACAUGGCCACCGUGCUGUGCCAGCUCAGCUGAUUGUCGGCACAGCACAUGAGUCAAGACACGGAUUGGUCGAGAGGGGAAGCCUUUGUCCACUGCUCCUGUAACCUUGUUUAAUGAGGCAUAAGGCAGAGGCAUGUAAUCUAGACACACCUUGUUAGUGCAUGACUGAUUUCAAUCUUGUGGCCCAUUGAGAUGGAGGGCCACUCAUGCAACCCACUCACUAGCCUUGGUUGCCCAGUGCUGCUUUAAAUGGAAUGCCAUAAGAUUUCAAAUUUACUCUUCAUCUACAGGGUUUUGUUGACAUGAGAAUCUUUGCAGAUAGUUCCCUCACUUGUUCUCAGUUCUAUAACCUCAGUCGCUUUUUAAAAAUUGAUAUAUAGAGGGAGAGAGGGAGAGAGAGAGAAGUCUAAGAUGUGAGAUUAUAUAAAUAGUCUCUCUCCAAAGAGCGGCAUGUGUGAAUUUAUAUGGGCUUCCAGAGAUGUUCAGAAUACUCAUAUCGGAGGGCUUUUUAAAAAAAAAUUAGUGAAAAUAAGGAAUUCUGUAUGCUUCCUUAUAAUCAACAAGCACUUUAUCAGAGGAGCAAUAAGAUCAAAAGUGUAUGCCAUAGCAAGCUUUCCCAGGGUUUAGUGACUGAACUAAUUUUAUAUUUGGUACUCAAAAAUACCUGUCUUUGUAGGACUGGAAAACAAGCUUUUCAAAGUCAGGAAGUGGCACAGUCUGCUGGUAAAAUGGAAAUGAUGGUAAUCCAAUAUUUUAUUGUACAUUAUUUUAUAAUUUAAAAACAUGUUUAUGCUCUUUUU